AGUAAAACUCCGCGAUUACACUCGAGCUGAUGACAAGUGCGCAGUUUACGAUCUGAGGUCAUUUUUAUUUCGUUAUGGAGUACAAAGAGAGCACUGCUCCUCAUACGAAACAGAAGAGAAAGAGUCAGAAAACGUCAUCGUCAUCUCCUGAACCCAGUGUUGUCUCUCUGAGGAGUGAGAACUCCAUGGGCUUCCCUCCUGAACUCAGUGAUAAAAUAGAAACAUCUGACUUUAUAUCAAACAUUACACAUAAACAUGAUCUGUCUCCAGUCGUGCAUCAGGACUGUCAUGAUGAAUCAGUGGAUGAUGUUCUUCAGAGAGUCAAAGACAAACACAAAAGCAUUAUGAAGAACAAGUAUGAGAGUUUAUUUGAGGGAAUCAAAGCACAAGAGAAUCAAACCAUCCUGAAGAGAAUUUACACACAGCUGUACAUCAUAGAGGGAGAGAGUGAAGGAGUGAAUGAAGAACAUGAGGUUUUACACAUGGAGACAAAGCCCAGAAGAACACAAGACUUACAAGACACUCCAAUCUACUGCAAUGACAUCUUUAAAGCUCAAUCACAUCAAAGAGACAAAAUCAAGAGUGUUCUUACUAAAGGCAUCGCUGGAAUUGGAAAAACAGUCUCUGUGCACAAGUUCAUUCUGGAUUGGGCCGAGGGAACAGCCAAUCAGGACGUAGAUUUCAUGUUCCUGCUUCCGUUUCGAGAGCUGAACUUGAUUCGAGAGCAUCGCUACAGUCUUCACAAACUUCUGCUGGACUUUCAUCCUGAACUUCAAGAUGUGGACUCGAAGAUUUAUGAGGAGUGUAAAGUUGUGUUCAUCUUUGAUGGUCUGGAUGAAAGCAGAAUGACUCUGAUGUUUUCAGACAGUGAGAAAGUUUCUGAUGUGACUGACACUUCAUCAGUGGCUGUGUUGAUGUCAAACCUCAUGAAAGGAGAUCUGCUUCCCUCUGCUCUCAUCUGGAUCACCUCCAGACCAGCAGCAGCCAAUCAGAUCCCCUCCAAAUACAUCACGCGUGUGACAGAAAUCCAGGGAUUCAACGACGCUCAGAAGGAGGAAUAUUUCAGGAAGAGAAUCAGCGACGAGCAUCAAGCCAGCAGAAUCAUGUUACACAUCAGAAGAGCGAGAAGCCUCCACAUCAUGUGUCACAUACCAGUCUUCUGUUGGAUCUCAUCCACUGUGCUUCAGAAGAUCCUGACACAAGAUCACAGUGAAGAAAUCCCCAAAACUCUGAGUGAAAUGUACAUCCACUUCCUGCUGAUUCAGAUGAAGAUGAAGAAUGAGAAGUAUGAUCCAGAGAGAGAUCCAGAGAUCAACAGAGAAGUGAUUGUGAAACUGGCUGAAGUGGCUUUCAAACAGCUGAUGAAGGGCAAUGUGAUGUUCUAUGAGGAGGAUCUGAGAGAGUGUGGGAUAGACAUCACUGACGCCUCAGUGUAUUCUGGGAUCUGUACUGAGAUCUUUAAGGAGGAAUCUGUCAUUCAUCAGAGGAAGAUCUACAGCUUCAUACAUCUCAGCUUUCAGGAGUUUCUCGCUGCGUUUUACAUAUUUUACAUGCAUGCAGUCAAUGAUGAGCAGUUGUUUUGGUAUAAAGGGGAUUGUGACUGUGAGGGGGGCAGUCUGGAGGAAUUCUCACCCUGUGAGUCACUAAUAAGAGGUGCUAUAGAUGAAGCACUCGAGAGUAAAUCUGGUCAUCUGGAUCUUCUCUUGAGAUUUCUUCUGGGCAUCUCACUGGAUUCCAAUCAGAGACUCUUACAGGAUCUACUGACACAAACUGUGGACACAUCACAAACCAUCAAGAACACCACACAGCACAUCAAAGUGAAAAUUAAACAGGAAAAUCUCUCAGCUGAAAGAUCCAUCAAUCUGUUCUUGUGUCUGUCUGAAGUGAAUGAUCAGACUCUGAACAGAGAGAUUGAGGAGUUUGUGAGAUCAGACAAACACUCAGAGAAGAAACUCUCUGCUGCUCACUGUUCAGCAAUAGCCUACAUGCUUCAGAUGUCAGAGGAGGUGAUGGAUGAGUUUGAUCCGAAGAAAUACAACACAACACAGGAGGGCAGAAGAAGACUCGUACCAGCUGUCAACAACUGCACAAGAGCUCUGCUUUCAGGCUGUAAUCUCAAUGUUGAGUCCUGUAAAAUCAUCUCUUCAGCUCUUCAGUCCUCUGAGUGUCCUCUGAGAGAGCUUGAUGUGAGUAACAAUGAUCUUCAGGAUUCAGGAGUGAAGCUGAUCUAUGAUGCUCUCAAGAAAACAAACUGUCAUCUACAGAUACUGAGGUUAGCAGGCUGUUGUCUGACAGCUACGUGUUGUGAGAGUUUGUCUUCAGCUCUUCAGUCCUCUGAGUGUCCUCUGAGAGAUCUUGAUGUGAGUAACAAUGAUCUUCAGGAUUCAGGAGUGAAGCUGAUCUCUGAUGCUCUCAAGAACACAAACUGUCAUCUACAGAAACUGAGAUUGUCCAUGUGUAGUCUGACAGCUGAGUGUUGUGAGAGUUUAUCUUCAGCUCUUCAGUCCUCUGAGUGUCCUCUGAGAGAUCUUGAUGUGAGUAACAAUGAUCUUCAGGAUUCAGGAGUGAAGCUGAUCUCUGAUGCUCUCAAGAACACAAACUGUCAUCUACAGAUACUGAGGUUAUCAGGUUGUAUGGUGACAGAUGAAGGAUGUUGUUAUUUGGCUUCAGCUCUGAGUUCAAACCCGUCACACCUGAGAGAACUCGACCUGAGCUACAACCACCCACAACACUCAACACUUCAGCUGCUCGCUUAUCAAGAUGAUCCAAACUACACACUCAACAAACUCAAUGUGAGACACAGGAGUGAGUUCAUGAUGAAGGCAGGACUUCAAAAAUAUGCGCGUGAUCUCACGCUGGAUCCAAACACAGCAAACCCUCAUCUCAUGCUGUCUGAAGAGAACAGAAAGGUGACGUAUGUGAUCGAGAAGCAGCCGUAUCCUAAUCAUCCAGACAGAUUUAAGGGCUUCAAGCAAGUGUUGUGUGGAGAGAGUCUGAGCGGACGCUGUUACUGGGAGGCUGAAUUCACCUGGAAAGCUGACAUAUUUGUGACGUAUAAAAGCAUCGGCAGGAAGGAGAGAAGCGGUGGAUGUGGGAUCAACGUGAACUCCUGGAGUCUGUACUGCUCUGAUGGAGGAUUCACUGCCUCUCACAAUAAUAAAAUAACAGACGUGUGUGUUCCUUCACCUCUCUCUAAUCGAGUCGGGGUGUAUGUGGACGGUCCAGCCGGCACUGUGUCCUUCUACAGCGUCUCUGACACACACACACUCACACACUUACACACAUUCUACACAACAUUCACUAAACAUCUAUACGCUGGCUUUAGAGUUUACGACUCUGUGUUACUCUGUUAGCCUCUCUUCACACUUACAGUAUGUGCGCUUUAUUAAAACAUCUUGUGUUUAUUUGGAAACUGACCUUGGAGAAGCGCAGAAAAAAAUAAGGAACGAUUCUUUGUGUUUUAUUCACGAGUACAUUAAGACACAACCGAAAUUGUAUUUUGCUUUGUAAAUGUAUUUUACAAAGUGUGGAUCACAUGUGUGGAUCUGAGAGAGAUGUGUGUUAUUAUGAUGAUCUAUAGUUUGGUAUAUAGUCUCUCAGCCUUUGCUUGUGUGUCCUGAUGCUCACGUCUCUUUGGACUGUUACUUGUAGAUAUUCUGCAGUUGUUUUCAUUAUUUCUCUCUCUGUGUACAUUGUACAUUGUUCAGCACUAAACUCUUUGCUUAUUUGUACCUUCAUCAUGCUUAAUGUCCUUAUGUUGUUUUAAAAGAGCCAGUCUUUUGCUGUUUUAAAGGCUUUGAUGAUGUUUUUUGGGUGUUAAACAAUGGAUGUUCAUGUUUCUACUUUCUACUGAAAAUCGCUUUAUAUGUCACAUAUUUCAAGUCUAUUGUUCUAGUCUAUUCUAGUCUAUUUCUAGUCUAGGUUAAGUUAAAGUGAUAUAAGCAGGACCUGGAGCAAGUUUCAGUAGUCAAAUAUCUCGGUGUAUGGAUGGAAUCUAGGCUGACAUUUGCUAUACAUGCUAAAAAACUGAUCAAGAAAUGUAAAAUAGGAGUAAAUAUUUUAAGAUGUUUAUCUGGGGUUGAAUGGGGAGCUUGUAGAUUAUCGUUGAAAAGAAUAUAUAAUACAUUAAUCAGAUCAA